AUGAAUAUAUGUGUAUUCACAUUAGUUUUCAUUAUUAAUAUUUCAAUUAUAUUAACUGCAUUACCACCAUUACCCAGCUAUGAUAAGCAAGUAAAUGCUUUAUUAGCUCAAAUGACUGAUGAAGAAAAAGUUGGUCAAAUGACACAAAUCAGUAUUCAAUUAAUCUUAAAAGAUUCAACUAAACCAUGGUAUGAAGCUGAAAUUGAUCCAAUAAAAUUAACUACAGCUAUACAAGAUUAUAAAGUUGGUUCUAUUUUUAAUGUUAUUCCAACAGGUGCACUAGCACUUGAUCAAUGGCAUGAUAUUAUAGGAAAAGUUCAAGACGAAGCACAUAAAACUCGUUUAAGUAUUCCAGUUUUAUAUGGUAUUGAUUCUAUUCAUGGUGCUAAUUAUAUACAAAAUGCUGUUUUAUUUCCACAUGCGACUGGUCUUGCAGCAACAUUUAAUACAACAUUAGUACGUGAAAUUGGUAAAAUAUCUGCACAUCAAACAAGAGCAGCAGGAAUUCCAUGGGCUUUUCAUCCACAAGUUGAUAUUGGUCGUCAAAAAUUAUGGCCGAGAUUAUGGGAGACAUUUGGAGAAGAUGUCAAACUUGUUAAAGAUAUGGGUCGAGCAUAUACAGAAGGAUUACAAGGUGAUAAUUUAACAUCAAAUGAACAUGUAGGUGCUUGUUUGAAGUGUUAUGUUGGUUAUGGAUUGCCAUUAUCAGGUCAAGAUCGAACUCCAGCAUGGAUUAGUGAUCGACAUAUGCUUGAAUAUUUUUUACCACCAUUUGAAGAAAGUGUUCGUGCUGGUGCUGUUUCAGUAAUGGUUUCUUCCGGUGAAGUAAAUGGUAUUCCUGGUCAUGCUAAUUAUCAUUUAUUAACUGAAGUUCUGAAAGGAACAUAUCAAUUUGAAGGAUUCACUGUUUCCGAUUGGGAAGAUAUUAAACGUCUUAAUUAUCGUGAUCAUGUUGCUGAAACACAAAAAGAAGCUGUUCGUCAAGCAAUCAUAGCUGGAAUUGAUAUGAGCAUGGUACCACUUGAUUAUUCAUUUUAUAAUUUAACACUUGAGUGUAUAAAAGAUGGUUUAAUAACACAAACACGUUUAGAUGAUGCUGUACGUCGUAUACUUCGUGUUAAAUUUGCAUUAGGUUUAUUUGAUGGAAGAACUGCAUGGCCUAAUAGUUCAGCAAUAAAUGAUUUCAAUAAACCGGAAUAUUAUGCAACACAACUUCAAGCAGCACGUCAAGUAAUAACUUUACUUAAAAAUGAUGGAAAUAUUUUACCAUUUGAUAUCAAUAAAAUAACCGAAACAAAUAAAUUAUUAAUUACUGGUCCAACAGCAAAUACUCUUACAUCAUUAAAUGGCGGUUGGUCAUAUACAUGGCAAGGAAAUGAACAAGGAAUUUUCCCCCAAAAUUUAACAAAUAAAACAAUUUUAGAAUCAUUUCGAACACGUUUAGGUUCAACAAAAAUUGAUUAUUAUAAUGUUUCAUCUUUUGAUCAAUUAUAUAAUGUUGAUAAUUUAUUAAAUGCUUCACGAACUGCUAGUUAUAUAUUAGUAUGUCUUGGUGAACAAUCUUAUACAGAAACACCAGGAAAUAUUAAUGAUUUAACAUUAGAUAAUGCUCAAUUAGAAUUAGUUGAAAUAAUUAAAAACUAUACACAAGUACCAAUUAUUGUAGCUCUUGCUGAAGGACGACCAAGACUUAUUCGUCGUAUUGUAGAUUUAUCAUCAGCCAUAUUAAUGAUGUUUUUACCGGGUACGGAAGGUGGUCAAGCACUUGUUGAUGUUCUAAUGGGUACGUAUAAUCCAAGUGGUCGAUUACCAAUAACAUAUCCGAAAUAUAAUCAUCGGUUAUCCACAUAUGAUUAUAAAUGGUGUGAAGUUCUACUUGAUAAUACAAUUGAUGUUGAAUUCGAAUUUGGACAUGGUCUAAGUUAUACAACAUUUGUUUAUUCACAUCUUAAUGUUUCAUCAACAAUUAAAUGGAAUGAUCAAAUAAAUAUUACUUUAAAUGUACGCAAUAAUGGUUCAAGACAAGGUGAUCAUACAGUACUUUUAUUUAUUUCCGAUAUUUAUCGAUCCAUCACACCACCAAAUAAAGAACUAAAAGGUUAUACAAAAGUGUCUUUAGAUUCUUACGAACAACAACCAAUUCAAUUUAUUCUUAAUCGAAGUGAUUUAUCAUUUAUUGGUCUAAAUUUAAUUCGACAAACUGAACCUGGCCUUUUUGUUGCAACAGUUGGUAAUUUACAAGCGAAUUUUACUUUAUUAGCCGAUGAUAUACAUUCUGAUUAG